AUGGAACUUGGCACAGCCCCCGGACCUGAUUUUAUAUCAGCAAACUUUCUUCGGGUUGGUAGCCAUCCACUUCAUGCAAUCUUCGGCGCACAUGACGUCCUACCUUCAGGAGAAAAGGAUCUCAGACCAGUGGAAGACCUCGCGAACCGUUCUUAUCCAUACGGGGAGGAUCUUCGGAACUACCGUCCGAUAUAUUUGUUGAGUGUGUUUUACAAAGUAUUCACUAAGAUCAUUCUCACGCGCAUAUCUAGGACACUGAAUAAAGUCCAGCCUCAAGAACAAACUAGAUUCCGUCGGGGGUUAAGCUGUUUGGACCACAUCCAGACCGUGUCGAGGGUCGUAGGGGUUUGCUGGGAAUACCGCUUGUCCCUUGUUCUAGCCUUCGUCGACUAUGAGAAAGCCUUUGACAGCGUAGAAACGAAUGCAAUACUGUCAGCGUUUUUCGAUCAAGGUGUGGACGUCUCGUAUGUGAGGACAUUAGCCAAUUGCUACUCGAUGCAACACUAA